AUGCGUGCCCAGCCGCACUCCGCUUCCGCAGUCCACCAUCACGGCAAACAAGAUACCGUCGUCUACGCUGUCAGCGGCUAUGGCUCCCUUGUGUCAUCUUCGGGCAAGGGGAAAGGCGGUCCGUUUGGGGACGUCAGGCAAGAUCUCAAGCCAGGAGAUUGGGCACUGAUCCCCGCAUACAGGGAACAUCAGGAGGUAAAUGAUGGAGACGAAGAGGUUGUCUGGGUCAUUGUGCGGGCGCCGGGAGGAAUUCCAGUCGUCGAGAACUUGAACGGGUGGGGAGAGAGCUUGAAGACGUAG